AUUUUAGUUUUCUGAUACUGACAUUUUAUAAAAAUGGGACCUAAAAAGGCAAAAGCACCUGCUGUGGUUGAUGGAGUAAACACAACCAAAAUGAAUAGAGAGCAAUUGGAAGUUUAUGCACACAGGAUACUUGAAGAAAUGGAACGUGAAAGGGAAGAACGAAACUUCUUCCAAUUGGAGAGAGAUAAACUUAGAACAUUUUGGGAAAUUACAAGACAUCAGUUAGACGAAGCACGCGCAACCAUUAGAAACACAGAACGUGAAAAAGAGGAAUUAACAGAGAAACAUGAAGCAGAACUGAAACUAUACAAACAGAAAGUGAAACAUUUAAUGUAUGAACAUCAAACAAAUUUAUCAGAAACUAAAGCAGAUCAUAUGGUUGCACUUCAAAUGGCACAAGAUGAUCAUGCUUCCCAAGAAAAUGAAUUAAUUAAAGAUAAGAUGGAAUUAAAGAGAUUACAAAAAGAACAAGAUUUAGCACAUGUGAAUGAAAUACGUGCUUUAAAAUUGAAAAAUGCAGAGGAAACAGAUAAACUGAUAAAACAAUUCGAAACAGAAGCCACAGAAAUGGAAAAUAAAUAUGAACUGAAAUUAGCGAAUCAAUACGAAUCUCUUACCUUAAAACAUCGCAUGGAAAUAACGGAAAUAGAAGAGAGAAAAAAUACGCAAAUUGCAAAUUUAAUAAAAAAUCAUGAAACUGCAUUUGCAGAAAUGAAAAAUUAUUAUAAUGAUAUUACCCUUAAUAAUUUGUCCUUAAUAAAGAGCAUGAAGGAACAAAUGGAAGUAAUGAGAAGUAACGAGGAACGCAUGAAAAAGCAAGUACGAGAGUUGACCGUUGAGAAUAAAAAAUAUUCCACAGAUUUAAAAUCUUGCGAAGAGUCCUUAGCAAAUUACACUCGUCAACUUGCAAAUUAUGAGAAAGAUAAGCAGAACUUAGUUAACACUAAAAAAAGAUUAGCGAUAACUUCAAAAGAUUUGGAAAAUUUAAAAUGGGAAAACGAAGUACUUGAGUUGCGUUUUGAAAAAUGUCAAGCUGAAAGAGACGAAUUGCAUUCGAAAUUUGUCUCAGCUAUACUCGAGCUUCAACAAAAGACAGGGUUGAAAAAUGUUCUUUUAGAGAAAAAACUUGAAAAGUUAUCGGAUUUGCUAGAGCAACGUGAAGCGCAGAUCAGUGAGGUGCUUGCUGCUGCUCAAUUAGAUCCAAUAGCUGUGGCCAAUGCAAAUAAAAAAUUAGAGGAAAUGUUAAAUAGAAAAAAUAGCGCCAUACAAGAUCUUCAGUAUGAAUUAGCAAAGGUUUGUAAAGCCCAUGAUGAUUUGCUUCGGAAAUACGAAGCUAAAUUACAAGAAUAUGGAAUUCCAAAAAGUGAACUUGGUCUUCAACCAUUAAGAGUAAAAGGAAUGACUACAAAAUUGGGUUCAGGAGUGGCUGGCCCUGUUACCGUAAAUCGUUAGUCUAUAGGAUUUUAAUAAACUAGUUUUUUUAUUUAAUAUUUUGACUAAUGUGUGUAUAUUGUCCACACACACACACACACACAUAUGUAUAUUUAUUGAGUACCAAGUGUAUUUUUACUACUAAUUAAUAGAAUAGGAAAGCAAUAAAAUGAUAAUUUUUGAUGCAGAAUAUCUUUAUUUUGUGAAACAAGUAAAUUCCAGUGCAUCUGUUUUAUUGUUUUUUUUUCUUAGAAAUUACAUAAAAUUAUCACAGAAAGUACAAAGUAGAUCAUAUUGAUGCCUGAUAGUUGUGUGUCUUUAUUCAAUUUGUAACUUUUUGUUAUUUAUUUAAAUUAUGUAUAGAUACUAUUUUUCUAUCACAUCUUUUUAAUAAUUUCUGUAUCAUAUUUCUUAAUACAUAACAACUAACAGGCACAAUUAUAUUGAAAAUGCCUUUAUA